AUGUUAGUCGCAACUUUUUGCAAGGAAAAUGCACCCUGUAACUUUUCCAAGAGAAAAGCACCCUACAACGUUGCCAGAAAUAUCUUCUUCCUCUCCCAACUUGCGAUUUCCGGCGAUAUUACCGCAAUCACCACCACGACGCAAAUAACCGUCUUCAACCUCAUCUCAUUUCCGCCUCUAAUUCUGAUCCAUGGAUUCUCAACCUCCUCCGAUUUCGAUCUCAUUCAUCGAUUCACAUACAUAAAUGUGAAAUUGAAAAAGGAUUUUGGAGCUUACCUAUCGGAGAACUCCGGUGGUUCUUCAGCGACGGUGAAGACGAGGAAUCUUGGACAUAUUGAAAUCGCUACUGUCAAUUCUGAAGCUGAGACUGAAGAAGCUUGGCGCAGUUGA